AAAUACAUUUUUACUUUUCCUUCUUUUGCAUUUUCACCCUCGUCUAUUUUCUUCGAUCUCAUGGACGAAGCUACUAAUCAUCGCAGUACCGGCUAUGGUGGAUUUAUUGACACAAGGCAGGCUGAAAGAAUAAUGUAUCUAAUGAAAUGUCCCGCACUGGUGUCUCGCUCUCUUCAGCCUCCAUCGUCCGAUGGCUCUUCUCGCCAUGUUGCCAAACUUAUCAUCUCCAUCGACCCCCUUCAGCCCGAGGAAGACAAGACUCCUCCACAGUUCUCCAUGGAAUUUCUUGGCUCCGAAUCUGGGUUUGCUCCCAAACAUUACGCGAUGGACAUGGCUGCUGAACCUGGUAAAUUUACUCCAAUGUGUGCAUUUUCCGAGUCCACACAAGGGAAGAUUUCUUGUGAGGGAAAAAUACUGAACAAGUUAGACAUGAGACCUAUUCAUGAUAACAUGGAUAACUAUCGAAAACUCUGCCGUGAAAGAACCAAAAAGUAUACAACCAAAAGUAGACAGAUUCAGGUUAUUGAUAAUGACACUGGAAGUCACAUGCGGCCUAUGCCAGGGAUGAUAAUUCCCACUGGAUUCACUGAAAAGAGGAAAGCCCCUACUAAGGGAUCCGAAAUGAAAAGAACAAGAAGAGACCGUGGAGAGAUGGAAGACAUUAUGUUUAAGCUCUUCGAAAGGCAAUCGAAUUGGACUUUACGCCAACUAAUUCAAGAGACAGAUCAACCUGAACAAUUUCUGAAAGACAUACUUAAAGAACUCUGUGUUUACAACAACAAGGGAACUAAUCAAGGCUCGUAUGAGCUGAAGCCGGAGUACAAGAAACACGACGAUGAACCCAACUCUUAGAUUUUCUUUGCUUUAAGAUGAGGCCUUUUCUUGUGUCCCAUGGUAAUGUUUGAAUCAGAACUCCUGGCAUCUGCAAUUUGUUUUAUGUCAUGAAAUCCAACAUUUUGUUUGUUUCUGUAAAUAAAUAUCAGCAGCACUUCAAU